UAAAAAUGUCACAAAAGAAGAGUCCUGUUAGACAUAGAAAGUCAAGAAUAAUUCGAAAAUUCAACCAAAGUGAAGAGAGCGACAAGUCUAAAAAGAUCAGAAAACCUGAUAUAUCGAUCAAAUUUAUCAAUGAAAAAGGAAAAGUUGAACUUUCUAAAUUAAAGUAUGAUCUAGAUGAGUUAUUCAAUAAUACUCCUAUUUUUGAAGCUCCAUUUAUUGAAUACGAGGAUACUAGCCAACAAAGAUCAUGGAAAGGAGUUGCUGGAAUAAUACUCUCUCCUUUCGGAAGAUUAAACAAAUAUAUCUGCCACAUUAACACAACAAGACCAAACAAAGUAACUCUAAAAUCCCCCCAAAAUAAACCCAAAACUCACUUCCGCACUAAAAAUUCUACCCUCUCUCGAAAAUAAGCUGACUACCAACCUCUCUUCCUCCACCCACUUGCGUCCAAAAUCUACCCUCCACCGUAAAGGAACCAUAACUCCCGGCCAACUUCCCAGUCACUCCUCCAUAACGCCCAAUCCCCUUCUCUCAAACAUGGGUGGGCGAAGACAAGUAGGGUUCCUGAAGAAAGGACUGAAAGAGAUUAAGGAGAUGAGUCCGAAGACUCCUGUGGUUAGGGUUGGACCAAGACUGAAGGGUAGAGAAAAUUCAGAGGAUAGUUUGACAAACAGCUUGUCAGCAACUGAUCUAUCAAAAUCGUCUAAUUUAUUAAAUACCUUAACAAAGCAUCAAAGGCAAGUUUCUAAUGGCAUCUCUUCAAAAGUAUCGAGUCAUGAAGAGGCCACCCCUCAAGUGAGGUUGAGAAUAGGUCAUGUUUCUGGCUCUAAGCCUCUAAAUCUAUCAUGAAGAGAACCCAGAAACCAUAAUAGAUCAACGAAAUCUGCUUUAAGUCAAAGGAAAAAUCUGAUAUAUCCAAAACGAAGCAGUAAUCUUCCAAAAGCUAAUGAAGAGAAAAGAAAUCAUACAUCAAUCAAAAACAGGAUUAGGAAGAAAAUCUUGGAUUCAAGACGAGCAGGAAGUGUUUUUUCUGUUAGAAGAAAGACCAACAGUGAUCUUUAUGUAGAUUUAUCAGCAAAGCACAAGCAAUUCAUGGACUUAUCUAGCUCAAUUUUGUCAACUGGUAAUAUUCCAAUUAUGGCAACGACUAGAUUUUGAAGUCCUUCACAAAGACUAGAUGAUAGAAGAAAGCUGCUUCAAAAAGAACUCCUUAGCAUUCAAUCUCGGUUUAAAAACAAUAUUUUGAUAAGGACUGUUGCAAAGAGUAAAUAUAAAGAAUGGACUGAGAAGACAAACUAUCCUACAAAAUCUGAAAAGAAGAAAGUAACUCCCAGCUCAACUGUUUUCAAAAAUAAUAUCAAUAUAAUGAAGAAGAUGUAUAGUUCAAAGCCACAUCAUUAUGAAUAAAACUCUGA